AUGCCGGCGGUGACUGACAGGGCGGGCAGCGGGCGCGGGGGCAGCUGCAGCCUGGCCGCGGCCAUGGGCUCGGCCCGCCGGGCCCUCGCCAGCCUCUCCGGGCGGGGAACGGGCAACAUCGAGGGGGCGGAGGAGGCCGAGAGCGCGGCCUGGGCCUCCCGGCCCGACCGGCGCAGCUACCUGCUGGGCAUCCGGCCCCAGCACAGCUUAUCAAGCAGCAGAUUCUCUCCCUCCAGUUUAGGAAGGAGCACCUUCUGCGCAAUCAUUUCUCAGCUGACGGAGGAAACCCAGCCACUAUUUGAAACCACUAUCAAAUCCCAUUCUGUGUCCGAGGACUCUGAUGCUAAAUUCACCUGCAUAGUGACAGGGUAUCCCCAGCCGGAGGUGACGUGGUAUAAAGAUGAUGAAGAGAUGGAUCGCUACUGUGGCUUACCCAAGUACGAGAUAUUCCGUCACGGGAAUCGCCACACCCUGCAGCUGUACAAGUGUCAAGAAGAGGAUGCAGGCAUUUACCAGGCCUCAGCUAGGAAUAACAAAGGCAUCGUGUCCUGCUCUGGUGUGCUGGAAGUGGGAACCAUGACGGAGUUCAAAAUCCAUCAGAAGUGGUUUGACAAAAUUAAGAGAAAAGCUGAAGUAAAGCUGCGAGAGAUAGAACAGGGCAAGAAACGAGGGAAAGAAAAUGUGGAGGUGGAGAAGUUGCAGGGAAUGAGCCCUGAUCGACUCCAGAGAAAGAGGAGACUGGCCAGGGAUCUGAAUCUCCAGUCAAGAGCCCCUCUGUGGGAGAAGGAGGAUACAGCAAAGGUGCAUGUUGCUGAUUCUCAGUCCAGGUUACAUGAGGAUAUCGCUGAGCCAAAGGAGCAGCCGGUCAACGUGACUACAGGCUUUCCAAACAAACUGAUUGCACCUUUGAAGGCAGAGGUGACCACCAAUGGAGAUGCCUCUUUGGAAAGUGUAGAGGAGAAAGGGAACAGCUUUCUCACAUACAUCUAUGAGACAGUGGAGGACCUAGCAAACAAGCCAGUGGUGAAAGAUGCUGCAGCUAAAAAGAAAAAGAAGGUGGAGGCUCCUCCAGCAGCAAAGCAGGAAGUUUCCAAGAGAGAGGAAAGUGGGCAAGACAGGGCCAACCCCUCUACAAAUCCAAGGUUUGCCCCUUCUGUCCCCUUACGCAGGAAUGCACGUUUCAAGGUGGAGAAUGAUAAAGAAGUGGAAAACAGUCCAAUAAUCAGUGAGCCUGGGAAAGCUGUGAAUCAGGACACUAAAAUCAAUGGCGACAUGCACUUCUCUUUAAGAGAGAUGUAUUUUGGUAAGCAAGUGGAUCUGGCAGCAGGGAAGGAGGAGGUGGGAGCCAAGGAAGAGGCUGCAAGUGAGGCUGCCCACCAGCCUGUGGCAGUCAGCAGACAGACAGAGGAUGCUCCGUUGUCCUCAGAGGUGCUGGAGGCAGGACCUGUGUCAUCCAAGGGACAAAAGGCCCAGCACCAAGCCCAGACGUUGGAGCGAAACAAAGCCGUCUGUCCAGAGGUUGCAGCAACAAUGGGACAGUCUGCUGGUGACCUAAUACAUCCAGUGUCCAGUCCAACCAUAGAGACCAGUCAGCAAGCCGAUAAGUUAGAGGAGCUCAGGAAGGAGAUACCUGUCUGCCAGGAGACUGGGAGGGCCAGGAAAAGGACAAAUCCUCGGCUGAGGCCUCAGGAGCCACCACAGCCACCAGCACCUUCUCCAGACCAUGUGCAGUCCAGCAAGGAGCACCCACCCUCUAGGAAACAGGCAGAAGGACAUUCCCAUAGUCUUGAGGGCAGAGAGAUCCAAGAAGGACUGUCAAAUCAAGAAGACAGAAGCCAAGGUGAGGAAGAGCUAAAGAAAUCAAGUCCUCCAGAGCCUGGAGAAAGUUCUGUUCUUCAGCAAAUUGUGCAUCAGACAGCAGUCAAAGAUGGGAAGAGCAAAGAGGCGGUAGAGCUGCCUGUGAGCCAUGCUGGUGCAGAGGCAGGAGGGAGUGGUGCAGCAGAGCUACCUCCUGCAGCUGCACACAGGGAAGUGGGAGGAGCAUCCUUGGGACAUCAGUUGGCUGAGACACCAGCUCCUGCUUCAGUUCGACUUGCCAAGGAAGAGCUGCACCCUGCUCCUGCAGUGGGGACCUCAGUGGCUGAGGAGGCACUCUUUGCAGCUCAUGGCACCCCAAGAAUGGAGGCCACAGCAGGAGAGGUCCUGUUUGGAGCCCAGCUGCUGUCUCCUGAGAGCAGAGAAACAGAAAUAAAACAGAUAAAUGGAUCUGCCCUGAAAGAGAAGUUUUCAGCCAGCACAUUAGGGGAAGAGAGUGCCAAACCAGUGCCUGUGGGACCUCAGGGGAAGGGAGGAGAGCAAACAGCCACAGUUCUGUGCCAGGAACAUGCAGCACCUUCAGGCACUGUUGAAGGAAGUGCUGAGGUUCAGCCACAAGUACCACUGGUCCUGCCUAGCCCUGAGACAACUCAGGAGAUGUCUUUGGAGGAGAAGAUGCAGCACAAAAACCUUGUUUCCUCCUUGAAGAACUAUCUGCUGCUGCUUUUAAAAAUGUCAGAUAGCAGUAAGGAUGCCACAAAAGAAGACAGUGACCCCAGGGACAAGGGGCAGCCUGCUGCAGAGGAAAUUAUGCUCCCAGAGACAGGCAUUGCAGGCCUGAGCCCCCGCACCUCAAGGAGAGUUUUGGAAAAGGUGCAAAACAAUCAGCUCUUCCAAACAGCAGAGAACUUGCCUCUGACCCCCAGGACAUCCCGGCGGAUCACAGGCAUGAUUAACGAGGAACUCAUUACCAGCAAGGAGAUGCUGGAUUGCAGGCCUGUGCCACCAAAGAGACGUACCCGGGUGUCUCCUGAGCUCUCUGUGCCCUCCAUCGUGGUGGGCAGCAUGCCAGCAGAUGGAAUGGGGCAGCCUCAUCAUGAUAUAUCCAGUUUGCCUCCAGCAAGCCCUGAGAAAGGGAGCCCUGGUGACCCUCUGGCAGUACUACCUUGUGCCACGCCAGAGGAGCUUGCCUCUGGGGCCCGGCGCAAAAUAUACCUUCCAAAAACCAAGCAGGUAGAGGAGGAAGGGGAGGCCACCCCAGAGAGCCCAGGGCAGGUGAGAAGUCCUACUGUUUCACCACAGCAAUCCAGGAGGAAUGUGGCCCUGCUGCAGUCGCCUGCACUGGCUCUGCCUCCUCCAGCAGAGCAGCGCUCGCCAACCCUCAUGAGGAAGAUGGCCACCCUGGAGGUUCCUAAGCUGUAUGAGGAGCCCACAGGUGACAGCAGUGGUGACCACGAAGUCCCUGAAGAUACUAAGCCAGAAGAACAGCCAGCGGAGUCCAAGAAAGUGAAUAACCCAUUUAAAGCUCCACAGGUGAUUCGUAAGAUCAGGGCAGAACAAUUUUCCGAUGCCUCAGGACACCUGAAACUUUGGUGCCAGUUCUUCAAUAUUUUGAGUGAUUCUAACCUGAUGUGGUACAAGGACGAGAUCCCUGUAGCAGAAGCCCAAAGGAGUGCUGGUGACGAGGGCCAGGCAGCCUUGGCUGUGGUGCAGGUGUCCCAGAAGGAUUGCGGGGUCUACCGGUGUGUGAUCAGCAAUGAGUACGGCUCUGACUCCACUGAUUUCCUGCUCAGCCCAGAAGUGCUGUCAGGCUUUAUCUUGCGGGAGGAGAUCGAAGUUGGAGAGGAGAUCGAGAUGACGCCCAUGGUGUUUGCCAAGGGUUUGGCUGACGCAGGCUACUGGGGAGAUAAGCUCUUUGGGCGUGUGGUGAGCGAGGAUGUAGAAGUGGCCACUGGAUUCCUGCGCAAAGCCUGCCGUGCCAGGGCCAUCUACGGCCUGGAGCCCAUCUUUGAGUCCGGCUGCACCUGCAUCAUCAAAGUGCACAAUUUCAUUGCCUUUGGGACCAAGAAUGAGAACAGCCUCGUUGAGAAGAACUAUGAUAUCACCAUCCAGGAAUGUAAGAUCCAGAACUCCAGCCGCGAGUACUGCAAGAUCUUUGCUGCUGAGGCACGAGCUGUCCCUGAUUUUGGAGCAGUGCCUGAGAUAGUUCCUCUGUACCUGAUUUACCGACCGGCCAACAACAUCCCUUACGCCACAAUGGAGGAGGACCUGGGAGGACCCUGCGAGCAGUACUGUGUCACUGAGAGAGAUGGCAGCUUGGUGGCACAGGGCACCUCAGAGAUUGUGCUCAAAUGCUGCACAUUCCAGCAUUGGGUCUACCAGUGGACAAAUGGAAACAUCCUUGUGACUGACAUGGAAGGAGUGGGCUGGAAGAUAACCAAUGUCCGGAUCGCUACCAACCUGAAAGGGUACCAGGGACUGAAGGAAAGCUGCUUACCCUCCCUGCUGGAGCAAUUUGCAGCUGCUCACCAGUGCAACCAUUACUGCGGCAUCCUAGGCCUGAAGACACUGGAGCCAGCCAAGUCCAAGGGCUCCAAGAGCCCUUCUGUGGGAAGGAAAUCCACCCAGUCCAGUCCCCAGCUCCAGAAGAAGGGGCUGGCAAGUCCCCAGGGUACUCGCAAGACUGCCACGAGCCCCAGAAGCUCCCGGAGAGCUGUAGAAUCAGGGGAGGCCCUGGCAGCCCCCAAACCCAGGUCAGGAGAGAGCAGCAGGGCUGGCUGCCUGCAGUAGCCAGAGCCAAUGGACCCCCCCAGCUCCAGACACGAGCCUGAGCAGCCCAAAGGCAGCAGGAGGCUGGGCUGGGCAGGGGAGACCCUGGUGGCUGCAGCUGCUGCUCUUCUCCCUUUGGUUGGGCCCGGCCCGCAGUGCUCGCAUUGUGUGGUGUGUGCUAGUGUGAGCAGCUGAGCCAGGGCCUGGGGGCUGCGAGCUGAGGGCAGCACAGGCCCCCUCGCCAAAUACCUCCUGACAAGAGCUGCUGUCAGUGAUGGGGCCUGUGGAGCCGCGUGCCGCUCCAUGCUCGGCCUCACUUUCCUCUCUCGACUCUCCUCGUUUGCCUUCCUUGAGGAAGGCCCACUCCCUCAGGCUUUGCAGGUGCCAUGUCCCGUACCUCCCUCGAGCAAACUGGGAGUCUGAGCUGCCGUCCUGGCUCCUGGCACUUCAAGUCCUUCUUGGUGUCCUCUGUAAAGUGACUGUGCCAAGCCCUGACAGUGCUCCAUGUUAGAGAUGUGAACCCCAGCAGCAUUUGCCCUGGCACACUGUCAUGUGAAAUGGUUUUGCUGCAGAGGGGUUUAGCAGUGAGCUGCAAGCUCUGGUGUGCACGCCAGUCCCAUGAUGGGGUGCUUGCACCAGCAGCAGCAGCUACACAGGGGUGGGAUUUUGCACUCCUGGCCUCCCUCGUGCCCAGGGGUGAUCCUCCCACCCUCUUGCUGGGAGGAUGCUGAGGGCAGCAGUGAUGCUGUGGGUGCCCACAGCACUAUGGUAAGGAUGCUCUGCCUCCCCUGGGACACCUGAAAGCAGAGCAAAGGGGAGACCUGUGCUACUGUGGCACACGUGGGUGUCCAGUCUGCAGGACUCCCCCCUUCUUUGCCCACCUGACAUAUGCAGCACUCACAAGCCCUGCCCAGCCUCAGAGCACAGCCUGGUCAUGCUUAGCAUGGCUCCUGCGUGGCAGAUGCCAGCUGGCAACUCCAGAUCCCAGCAGGAGGCAGGCACAGACAGGCUCCUGCUGGAAAGCAAAGCCGCCUGCAUAGCAUCCAACCUCCCUUGUGCCCAUCACCUGAGCAUGGCAGCAGGUGGAGAGGCCUGCAGAGGAUCCCAACACUCUCUCCGAAACGCUGCCUGCAGGAAGGGAGGGACAGGGCUGGGGGUGCUCUGGGGUCCUGGUGCAUUGUUGUUGGAUCAUUCUAAAAUAACGAUGUACAUAAUGUGGCUGCUUUGGUGAGGGAGUGCUCUCGAGUGCAAUAAAGUGAGAAGGACUGGGCUGUUCCCCAGUGGUGUGCUCCCUGAGGAAAAGAUCCACCCAAAGAUGGCAGGACUGGUU